GCUCACACACGUAGAUGUGUAUUGUUUAGUCCAUAUUUACUUUACUACGUACACACAUACAUAUUUCUGUUUAUGCAGUUUGUCGCUGCAAAACCCUAGUAAACACUAAACACUUGGGAAAAAGUAGCACAAAAAGCAAAAUAAAUAAGUGACAUACAAAGCGUUUUAAAAUAACAAUAAUAAAAAAAUUAUAUACGUAAAACUUUUUCGAACAAAUAUUUACUAAAACUACAGAAUUUCGUUCGCUGUUUUUUGUAAAAUUUUACGAAAAUUGUAAAAAAAGAAAUUUUAAACAAACGCGUUUAUUUUGUAUUGAUUUUUACCGCAAACCUAACGAUUUUUACAUAUUUUCUAUUAGAAAGCGCUUCAUAAAACUAAACCAAAAUGCUGCGUAUACCAGGAAUGCCGUUUCUGCCGGGCACCACCUUUCGGGAUCUAUCACGCACGAACUUCCCCAAGCCGCAGAGCCUUAUGAAUUUCCAAGGCAUUAGUAUGUUAAACGAUCGCCAACCACCCGCCAUGGUGGACGUUGGUGGCAUGUGCAUUGAUAUCAAUUGCCCACCGACAGCCACACCAUCACUGUAUCCGCCAAAGACUGGACCCAAACUGCCACCAUGGAUUGCUUACGAUAAGAAAGUGCUCGGUUUUGAUGCAUUCUUUAAGGAGACUCUACACGAGGUCUACAAUGCACCCUAUCAAGUGCGUAAAGUCAAGAUUAUGUAUUAUCUGGAAGAUGGCACCAUGCAAAUCACUGAACCGAAAGUGGACAACUCGGGUAUACCGCAAGGUUGUCUGGUGCAUCGUCAGCGCAUACCGAAACCACCGCCGUGCCAAAAUGAAUUCAUCUCGAUAUUGGAUCUUAACGUCGAUACGAGCAUACAAAUAUUCGAUCGCAUUUAUCACAUUACAAAUUGUGAUCUUUUUACGCGACAUUUCCUAAAUCGUUCGGGUAUAGCCGUACCAGAUCCCGUCGAUAUGCCAGUUGAUCCCACAACAGAAAUGCGUAAACGAUCGGCGCGAAAGAUACACAAUCAACCACCAAAAAAGCAUUCAUUCGCACAAUUUUUAGCAUUCGAUCGGAAAGUGUUAAAAUUCCACGGCUACUGGGAUGAUCGUUCGGAGUUCGGUGAUGUUCGUCGUUUAGAAAUAUGCUAUUAUUUGGCUGAUGAUACAAUGGAUAUAAAAGAAAUUUUUCCACGUAAUUCAGGGCGUGAAGGUCCAUCGCUCUUCUUGAAAAGGGGAAAACUGCCAAGGGAAUUCAAUGGCCUACCACUACCUGGGCAAGAAACACCACAAACGCUAUUGAAUGUGCUCGGCACAAGCAUGCGAAAUGUACGCUACACCAUUGAUCCACUGAAUAUCGGCGAAAAAGAGGUGCUCUACUAUGCCGAUCGUGAUCUACAAAUCGGCACCGUGCUAAAUGUGUACGGACGUGCUGUGGUGCUUACGGAUUGUGAUGAAUACACGCAGGAGUAUUAUAGAAAACGGUAUGGUAUUGAGAACUUUACUGCUGCACCAAUACCGUCACGUGGCGACGAUUGUGCGCCGAUUAAACAAAAGGAACGCAUACUGCCACCCUAUAAUGGCUGGGGUUCAUAUGAGGAUUCCGAGGGCAAUUGCAUCUCAGUCGAACCCAAACCGCCGCAAACUGAUUUUAAGAAAUUCAUCAAACUGGAUCGUUACGUGCUUAGGUUUGGCGCUAAACUAUUAUCGACCAUACGUGAGAAUUGUGAACGCAUUUUCAUUAUAUCCUAUUACCUAUCCGAUGAUACCAUACAAAUAUUUGAGAUUGCCGAACGUAAUUCCGGUUUCUUGGGUGGCGAAUUUAUGAAACGUACACGCAUACCACUGCCGGGCCAAGAGAAGUUCACCUCGAAGCGUCCACAAUACUAUCAGCCAUACAAUUUUUAUAUUGGUGCCACAAUGAGCCUCAAGGAUCACAUCUUUCACAUUGUUUCCGCCGAUGAGUAUACGCUUAUUUACAUGGAGCACCAUCCAUAUGAGUAUCCAAUGGCCGAUAUCAAGUCAAUUAUGCUGAAAAUUCGCGAUGCAGCGAAGUCCGAUUACAAGGGCUUCCUUUGCCGUUGCCUACCCGAGGGCGCUGAAUCUGUUAAGGAUGUGCAAUUUAUUGGUUUCGAUUCACUCAAGCGCGCACUUAUCAAUCUGCUAGCUGAUGACAUCACCAAUCACGAAAUUAUUACGGUCUGUCGUUACUUCUCGGCUGAAAAAGCACCGCCACAGGCAUGCAAUCGGGAGACGGUACGCGCUGCGGUGCACUUGGAGUUGAAACGUUCGCUGUGGAAUGCAAUGGAUGAGUUGAAGGAGCACUUGCACCACAUCAAUCCGUUGAACAAACCAUUCCUCUCCGAGGCGAAAUUACGCUCGACAAUGAAGGGCUGUCGCCUGCCAUUCAUACCGGAACUAAUUGAUGAUCUACUCAGCGUUUUAAAUCAUAAUGAUUGCGGCGAGGUUGAGGUAUGCGAUUUCCUGAACUUCAUUGAUAUGGGUUGCGGCAAAGUGCCUGAUAUAGCGCCAAUGAAUAUCAAUUUCGAACUAUGUCCCAAGAUACCGUUCCUACAUAAGGGUCGUCUAGUGAAUAUAAGCUGCUUCCUGCAAUACUUAGGUUUGGAUGAGGAGGCGAAGCCAAAGGAAGAAUUGGCGAGUUAGAAUUCUAGACGCUUGGACUUAAUUAACUUAAUAAUGAAGACUUGCAAUAUAAUUUUCAUAAGAUUCAAAUUUUUUGUCAAUUAAUUUUAUUUUAUACUAUCACACUUACACCACCAAAAAACAAAAAAGAAAAAAAAAUAAAUAAACGCUUCUCGUAAAGAUUUUUGUAAACGACUGCAACGAAAACAGUAA